UACACGCGGUGCUUAGUCCACGGUUUCAAAUUUUGGGAAAUCUAUGACGUGACUUGUCAUACAGUUAUUCGAUGUUAAAAUGUAUUAAAUUGAUGAAAUUAACGCGAAUUGUGAAAAUAAAAUUACACAGGUCAUUUUUUAACAUCAUUAAUCAACGAUCUGACCAUCGAUAUUGAUAAGAAAAAGAAGAAAGGAAUAUACUAUGCGGUCUAAAGUGACAAACGAGAAUACUUGGGCUACAGAAUCGAAGCAGAGAAGUAAUAAGAGGUUGCGACAAACGAGAAAAACGGAAUCUUCGGGGUUGUCAAAGUCUUCCAAGGGAAAUACAGCAUGGGAAAGAACUCUCAGGAGACUGGAAAGCAAUGAACGCGAGCGUAUGAGGAUGCACUGUAUGAAUGAUGCGUUCCAGUCCUUACGCGAAGUGAUCCCGCAUGUCUCGAAAGAGAAGCGGCUCUCAAAAAUGGAGACAUUAACGUUGGCUAAAAAUUAUAUAGUGGCUCUUACGGACGUAAUCUGCGCCAUGAGAAGUGAGGAGCGAUCAGAUAAUGAGCGAACCAACAACUCUGAACGUCAAGAUUCGCCGAUCAUCGAACAGCAAUUGAAAUCGACUACUGUUUGCGUAAACGUUCCUGCUGCCUCGGAAUCCUACGAUUCGGAGACUAAAAAUUUUUAUCAAAACAAACAUUCGCGAUGGGAAAAAGAUCAAGAUAAUAUUACAGGCCUCUGAAAAGGUACGGCGCUAAAAAAUAUCGACGAAUUGAGAUUUCUUCAAUGGCAUUUUGACUAUAGUCUUCCUUUCUUUAAUCAUACAUGUAUU